CGGGUCGCGAGUCCUCGGCGCCAAACUACAGCUCCCAGGAGGCAUCGCGCGCAGAGCCCGCGCGGCGUCACAGCGGCGGAGGGCGCAGGCGGCUGGUCUAGGCCGGCGGGUCCAGCGUACUGGCCGUUCCGCUCGGACCCGGGCCCUGGCUCCGCGAUGGGAGCUGCUCUCCGGGGGCUGAGCUUGUCAGCAUCCUCGACGGGCUCUCGCCCCUGAAGUCAGAGAAGAGCCCCUGCCCACCUACACACCCCUUUCCCCAUUUUGGGAUUGCCUCCGUCUGUCGGGUCCUCAGCCCUAGUGGCCGCUCAGUCCAACAAAGGAGCAGGACGAUGAUACUGGUGUCGGCGCUGGGGAACGGUCCCCGGGGCGGGCCCCCGCUGCGGCCCCUCUUGGGGCCCGCACUCUCGCUCCGGGCCCGUUCGACAUCAGUCACCGAUACACACCGUGUGGAGAUGGCACGGGAGCGCUCCAAGACUGUCACCUCCUUUUACAACCAGUCGGCCAUAGACGUGGCAGCAGAGAAGCCCUCAGUCCGGCUCACUCCGACCAUGAUGCUCUAUUCUGGCCGCUCUCAGGACGGAAGCCACCUUCUGAAAAGUGCCCGGUACCUGCACCAAGAGCUGCCAGUGAGGAUAGCUCACCGCAUCAAGGGCUUCCGCAGCCUUCCUUUCAUCAUCGGCUGCAACCCCACCAUACUGCACGUGCAUGAGCUGUACAUCCGUGCCUUCCAGAAGCUGACAGACUUUCCUCCAAUUAAGGACCAGGCAGAGGAGACCCAAUACUGCCAGCUGGUGCGACAGCUGCUGGAUGACCACAAGGAUGUGGUGACCCUCUUAGCUGAGGGUCUGCGUGAGAGCCGAAAGCACAUAGAGGAUGAAAAGCUUGUCCGCUACUUUUUAGACAAGACGCUGACUUCGAGGCUUGGGAUUCGCAUGUUGGCCACCCAUCACCUGGCACUUCAUGAAGACAAGCCCGACUUUGUUGGCAUCAUCUGCACUCGUCUCUCACCAAAGAAGAUUAUUGAAAAAUGGGUGGACUUUGCCAGACGACUGUGUGAGCACAAGUAUGGCAAUGCUCCCCGAGUCCGCAUCAAUGGACACGUGGCUGCCCGUUUCCCCUUCAUUCCUAUGCCACUGGACUACAUCCUACCCGAGCUGCUCAAGAAUGCCAUGAGAGCCACAAUGGAAAGUCACCUAGACACUCCCUACAAUGUCCCAGAUGUGGUCAUCACCAUCGCCAACAACGAUAUUGAUCUCGUCAUCAGGAUUUCGGACCGAGGUGGAGGAAUUGCCCACAAAGACCUGGAUCGGGUCAUGGACUACCACUUCACUACAGCGGAGGCCAGCACCCAGGACCCCCGCAUCAGCCCCCUCUUUGGCCACCUGGACAUGCACAGUGGUGGCCAGUCAGGACCCAUGCAUGGCUUUGGCUUCGGGUUGCCCACAUCACGGGCCUACGCAGAGUACCUCGGUGGUUCCCUGCAGCUGCAGUCCCUGCAGGGCAUUGGCACAGAUGUCUACCUGCGGCUCCGCCACAUUGAUGGCCGGGAGGAAAGCUUCCGAAUCUGACCCCACAGCAUCUGGCCUGCACACCUGCCCAGCCUGGGCCACAUUCCUUCUGGGUCAGGCAGAGUGGCACUCUCCUGCACCCGCUGCUGCAUCUUGGGUCUUAGGGCCUCAGACAGAUGGACUUAAAUGGAGCUGGGCACCGUCCCUCCUCAAUAGGGUCCACUGCUUCCUUGCCUCCAGGCCAUGGAGGGGAGGAAGUGGGGACCCCUGAGGCUCCAUCAUUCUCGUUCCUGGUAAACCCCCAUCUUGACCUGUUGUUUAUUAUUAAAGUUCACAUUUUGAAUGCCCUCUUGGGCCCCGUGUGCA